AUUUGUCUAUCUUAAAUAGGAUUGCUAUGCGCUCGUUCUUCCCUUCUUUCCUCUUGUCCUCCCAGCUUCGUUGAUUUCUUCGUUUGAAGGAUACCCUUAAAGGUCUUCUAUUUUGGAAGUUACCUGAUUUUGAAGAUGAAUUGUUAUAAUCUUCAGAAGAAUGCUUUCUCAUCUUGUGAAGAGAGGAGAGGCUCUCUUCCCAUUGCUGAUCAGAAUGGACCUGUCAUUUGCCCUAAGCCACGUCGAGCUGGGGUUUUAAUGAAUCUGCCUAUAAGGCCGGUAAAAUGGCAUGUAAGUCAUCAAGCUGAGGGUUCUGAUUCAAGAGCUGGGGCUGAGCUACUCGACAUUGUUCUCAAGAGGGACAUUGUUCUCAAGAGGGAAAAUUAUGUGGAAGAAUUCACAAAUUCAUCUCCUCCGUAUUUAUGUGGUUCUCCUCCAGUCCGAGCUGCUAAUCCCUUGAUCCAGGAUGCUCGGUUUGGACACGAAGAGAACACUCUUGUAUCAACAAUUUCAUCACCUUCAGGUUUACUGUCUCCAUCUUCAGCAUCUCGUAAAGGAGGAUGUGCUAGGAUGAAGUUUGGACUUAAACCUGCCGCUGUUAGAGUAGAAGGAUUUGAUUGCCUCGGCAGGGAUUGCCAGAAUUCCGGCAUCCCAGCUGUUGCUUAAACUCCAUUCAUCUAAGUGUAUAUAGAAGAAGCCAAGUGUCAUUACUUAUAAAACGUGACCUAACUAGAGAGAAUUUUGAAUGUUUUGGAGGGAAGUAAGAAAUUCAGUUAGUUGUGUAUAUAGCAAAUGCUUUUUUGUAUGGUGAGGUGAAUCAUCUCAUUGUGAUUAUCCAUUACGAGUUUAGGAAGCUGCAGAAAAAGUAAACCUUCUGUUCUUGAGGUUUCUUGUGUAGAGAGCAUGUCUUUUUGUAAUAUAAGGCGGUUGUAUCCGAGUGUCUUUUAAAAAUUUUAGGCAAUCACCGCAGGAAUGUUCUGUAUAGGAAUUGGUGAUUUUGGUUAUCAUUCCUGUAAAUAUAUUUAGGUGACUUUGCAAGUAUGUCUAUUAUAUUUAGCUUGUAUUUUCUGUUCCCAAAUGCUAUUUUUUAAGUACUCAUUUUUAAUUUAUCGUCACCAAUGUUCAUCUU